AUGCCUUCUAUUAAAGAUCUCAUCGAGAAAUGGUUGGUCAGCAGGAACGCCAGAAUGCCGUCCUUCGAGCAGGAUGCUGACGACGAAUUCCCUGACACUGCCGGUGAGCCCGAGAUCGAGGCAGCACGGCUGGCGGUUAUAGACGACACAAGCGCACUACAAGACUUGCUUCUUGGCCCACGAGAAGUUCUGGCUCGGGUUUGGGGUGGUUCCCUCGACAAUGCCGCCCAACAAUGCAUCUACCACUUCAACAUUCUUCAAGCAAUUCCACUGGAGGGCGGUGCCACCUAUGCGGAAAUCUCCGCAAAAGUCGGUUUGGCUGAGAGGAAAAUUAAAACCCUUGUGCGUAAAGCAGCCAUUAACCGUAUGCUGCGAGAGGACGUCCCUGACCAUGUUGUUCACACCGCCGCCUCAGCCCUGCUUGUGCGAAAUCGUAGCAUGAUGGAUUACUACGGCUUCUUCGUUGAGCAGAUGUUCCCUACCAGCGCAAAACUCGCCGAGGCGCUGGAGAAAUACCAAGACAGCACAGCUGCAGAGGACACUGCCUUUGGUCUUGCCUUCAACACAAAAGAAACCCUAUUCCAGUUUCUAGAGCAACGUCCCGAGUUGCAAGCUCGGUUCGCUGGUGCGAUGGAGGGUGUUGGCAAGGAUCCUAGCCAAAGCCAGAGACACGUUAUAACGGGAUAUCCAUGGGCAGAGCUUGGAGAAGCUACUGUCGUCGACGUUGGCGGCUCAUCUGGCUUCAUGAGUGUAGAGCUCGCGCAAGCAUACCCGAACCUGAUACUGGUAGUAGAAGAUUACAAGAAGAACAUUGAGCAGGGAGCUGCACAAUUGCCACCCGAAUUAACCAGUCGGGUGAAGUUUGUGCCGCAUAACUUCUUUGAUCCCCAACCGGUGGUGGGUGCAGAAGUUUACAUUUUGCGUCACAUCUGCCACGACUGGUCCGCCGAAAACAGCGUCAAGAUCAUUCGCCAGAUUGUAACGGCCAUGAAGCCUGGAAGCAAGAUUCUGCUGGUCGAAAUUGUUGUUUCACCAUCAGAUCGACCGAUGUCAAGUAUAGCAGAGCGAAUCAGGGACCUUAAUAUGGUUCAACUGCUAAAUGCACAGGAGCGAAGUGAGUCUGAGUGGAGGGAAAUCGUCAGCGCGGCAGAUUCCCAUCUCGAGCUGACCCGCAUUAUCACGCCUCAUAAUAGUACCGACUCGAUCAUCGAGAUUUCGUUUAGGCAGAAUUGA